CUCAGGCUAACGGUCAGAAUGACGUCAGAGGAAGUCUUGCCAGGUUACGUCUGUCCUGUCAUUCGAAGCCGGAGAGAAACGGGAAGGGCAUGAAGCACGGAGCCGGAUUCUCCCAUUUUGUAAAGUUGCUUUACGUAACCUUUUGUAUCUAUGCGCCAGUUUGCUUACCUCCCUUUCGCCAAAUUUUCAGCGCCACUCGCACGCUAGCCAGCUAGCUAGCGCACCAAGUUGAAACAAAACAUUCGAAACAAACUGACCGCAAAGCUUCCACAUGGCGUUAAUCCUGUUUACGAGGUCCAGGGCACCUUUAAUGACAACUUCCAGGUCGUUAAACAAGGAUUUUAGGAAAGCUAAAGGGAAAAUAGAAGAUGCUUCCUGCUUCAACUGCACGGCGUUAAGGCUCUCCAUUCAGAGACAGGACAGGUUCCCAUUAGUGGACGCGGCCCGGCUCUCCCACUCGGGCCCGUUGCUCCGGUGGCCCGAAGGCGCCCGCCCCAUCUCCUGCUGGCGGCGCCUCCCGGGCUCAUCCCCCCCGCCGUUCCCGGCCGGACUGCGGGGGCGAGAAGUCGCAGAUGUCCGGCGUCUCCACAUCUCUUCGGCCCUGCUUGACGACUCUAAGGUGGAAAAAUCCCUGCGCUCGCUGAAGGACAAGAAGAAGCUGGAGGAAGGCGGUCCGGUGUACAGCCCCACAGCCGACGUCGAACCCGUCAGACGGACGCUGCGGCAGCGGGUGCUGGAUGAGGUCAAGCAUUACUACCACGGCUUCAGGCUGCUCUUCGUGGACACCGGAAUCGCCGGGAGAAUGCUGUGGAGGGUGCUUAAUGGACACGCCUUGUCCCGCCGGGAGAGGAGGCAGUUCCUGCGCACGUGUGCGGACGUAUUCCGACUGCUCCCCUUCCUUGUGUUCAUCAUUGUCCCCUUCAUGGAGUUCCUACUGCCCGUGGCGCUCAAGCUAUUCCCCAACAUGCUGCCGUCCACCUUCGAGACGCAGUCCAAAAAGGAGGAGAGGCUGAAAAAAGAACUGCGCGUCAAGCUGGAAAUGGCUAAGUUCUUGCAGGACACUAUCGAGGAGAUCGCGCUUCGCAACAAGGCGGCGCAGGGCGACGUCACCGAGGAGUUCUCCACCUUUUUCCAGAAGAUCCGGGACUCCGGCGAGCGUCCCAGUAACGAGGAGAUUUUGCGCUUUUCCAAACUAUUCGAGGACGAGUUGACACUAGACAACCUGACGCGGCCCCAGCUGGUUGCGCUGUGCCGCCUGCUGGAGCUGCAGUCCAUCGGUACCAACAAUUUCCUGCGCUUCCAGCUCAUCAUGAAGCUCAGGAACAUCCGCGCUGAUGACAAGUUGAUCGCCGAGGAGGGCGUGGAGAGCCUGAACGUGAACGAGGUACAGGCCGCCUGCCGGGUCCGAGGGAUGAGAUCGCUGGGCGUCACCGAGGAGCGGCUUCGAGAGCAGCUGAGCCAGUGGCUGGAGCUUCACCUGAAGCAGCAGAUCCCCACGUCCCUGCUGCUGCUGUCCAGGGCCAUGUACCUCCCUGACACGCUGUCUCCUGCGGACCAGCUCAAGAGCACCCUGCAGACACUCCCCGAGAUGGCGACCAAGGAGGCCCAGAUGAUGGUGGCCGAGAUGGAGCUGUCCAAAGUGGACAACAAGACCAAAGUGGAGACCACGCUGCAGGAGGAGGCGGCCAUACGCCAGGACAACGAGGACAGGGAGAUGGAGAGGCUGGCCGAUGCCGCCGAGAAGGCCGCCAGGGACAACGGGUUACCGGAAGCCGAGCGAAGCUGGCAGAAGGCGUCUUCUGCUGACGCCCUGAGGGACCCGGCGCCCAUACUGGAAGGGGUUAAAUGGCAGACGUUUCUGCGCUACCAGGGCGAGGAGAUUACCAAAGAGGAGAUCGACCUGAUCAGCGACGCCUGCUCUAAGUUGAAGGAGCAAAAGAAGCUGCUGACUCUGGAGAAAGAAGAGCUGGAAGACCUCAAGGAUGACGUACAGGAGUACAACGAGGACCUGAAUGAGAUCAAGAAGGAGCUGUCCAAGACGGGCCAGGAGAAGGCGGUGUGCGAGUCCAAGGCCAGCCAGCGUCUGUCCAAGAGGGUGAACCGCAUGAUCGGACGCAUAGACAAGAUCAUCGGCGAGCUGGAGAAGGACAAAGUCCUCCUGGACGGACAGAUGGACAGCGGAACCACGCCCCCCGUCGGUCUCUUCUACACCUUCAGGGAGAACCUGAUCAGCAUCGACGAGCUCAUCGGCGUCAUGCGGCAGAUCCAGAACAUUCCCGAGCAUAAGCUCCAGAGCAUCGCCGAGGCGCUCGACGACAACCGGGACGGGAAGAUCGACAUCGACGACGUCAUCAAGGUGGUGGAGCUGAUCGACAAGGAGGACAUCGACAUCACCACCACGCAGGUGGCCGACAUUAUGGUGAUGCUGCAGAAGGAGGAAAAGCUGAUGGAGAAGGAGAAGGCCAAGGAGAAGGCGGAGAAGGAGCAAGCGGCCAAGCUCAACGGCUAAAAGAAUGUAAAGACGGAAGGUAUCGGGAAAAGUGAACAAGCUUUUAUUGCCUUUAAAAGGCAUCAAAGAAAUACGUCUACUGAAGGUGGAAAUAACACCUUGCUAUAUUUUUUUGUAUAUAGUGCAAGACACCAAAAUAAUUGUAGUGAACAAUCGGAAAACUUUCUGCACUUUAGUCCAAAACAUCAUUGCUGUCAUUCCUCAUCAACUCCAUUUUGCAACGUGUAUCACAGGGUUGUCCAACUCACUUUUCGGUAGGCUAGGGAGCCGCCUCUUAGAAUUAUUCAACUCUUUCGGCUCCCGUUGACGGCAAUAGACAUCAGAUUCGUUUGAAAUGAAAAGAAAGUGACUCUUAAGUGCCCUGAAACUAAUAGGAAGUGACCCGUCAACAAAAGUGUCUUGGAAAUGCCACAAAAUCAUUAGGGAGUGACACGGAAAUGACCUAAAAUCAACGAGAAAUGAUCCAAAUUGUAUAAGUGACACCAGAAUGGCCAAAAAUUUUUAGACCAAUCCUUUUGACGCACACCAAUGAAAGUCGCACACUUUACAGCUUGUUGAUUGUCACCACAGUGAUUGUAACACCACGACACUGACUUUAAAUCAAAAAGCAAUCUUAAUCUGAGGCAUCUUUGUCACAGCACAUGGCAUGUAGAUUUUUUUCAAAUCCUUUUUAUUUAUUAUUUAUUAUGCAAAUUUGAUGAUGUAUUUUAGGGGGCAGAUUUGACUUGAACUGUAUUUAAAAUAUUUUUUUCUAUUCAGAUAUCAUUGUAAAAUCCCAAUGUUCAAAAAAUGAAAUAAACAAGAAAAAGCUCCUCAACUCAUUCAUCACUGUUUAUGUGUGUCACUGUUUGCAUUUCCACCAUUUUGUCACUAGAAAAUGAAUAACAGAAGGGAAAAAGGAGGCUAGAUAACUUGUGUACUCUGCGAGUAAAAGUGAUUAGCACAUGAGUAAGGCGGUCUUUUGGCUGGAGACCAAAUUCAACACAACAUUUUGGACUUAACGAGCAUUUUAAGUUUCAAGUUUUAGAGGAGUUAAUUCAUUUAUUGUCACUCAUACCAGCAACGUUAAACAGAGUCUGACCAAGCAAUGAUAAUUUCUGUAAUUUAGUUUAAGCCUUGUGAGGAAUUUCACACAUUUUGUCCUUUUGAUGGUUUUGAUGAGUUACCAUCAAAGAGAAAGCAUCGAAAAAAACUCUACAGAGCUGAAAUUACACUCAGAAUGUUGAAACAGGUCAAGGUUAAAAAUGGCACCCAGCUGUAAUUUCUAAACCAUUGCAUUUAAAAGAUACUCACUUUACCCACACUUGAGGUAUAAUUACAUAAAAUGUCCCAAUGACUCCCAUUAUAACUCACGAUUUUCAAUAUUUUAUAAUCCUGAUGUUUUUUAAUGCACGAUUUUUUUUAAAUAUAUGUAUGUAUAUAUACAGCAUCGUUAGCUUUGCUAUUAUCGUAGCACAUCUGUUACUGUCCAUACAGGGCAUCGAAAAAAAACAAAAAAGCAUAUAUGUACGCGUAGCUGAGGUCCCCCUGAACAUUUUGAGUCAUUGGAAGUAAAAAAAAUAAAAUAAAAAAUGACAAAGUUAUAACACCGCAAAGGCGUGGACAUUAAAUGGUCAAAAUACCUCGAGUUUAACUUUUUAUGUAAAAUUGCCAUUAUCAAAAAAUAGGGACCUUCAAAAAAAAUUCUCCUUUUAUGACUCAUUGACUUAUUCAAAGCUCUGAUUAGGCCAUAUGAAAUAUUCCACUUUGAAUUUUUUUAAUGAUAUAUACAGCAUAGUUAAUUUUGCUAUUAGCAUAGCACAGCUGUUACUGUCCAUAAAGGGCAUCCCCAGGGGUGAAAGUGGGCCAGAACGAUCAGGAACGCGGUUCCGGUAUGAGAUUCAGCGCCUGAAUGCUGUCCGGUAUAAGAUUUAGGGCCGGAAUGCUGUUCCGGUACACUGUGCUUUGAUUCCGAACAUAUGACUGCAACUGUUAAAACGCUAUGUAAAAAAAUAAAUAAAUAAAUAAAAUGCCAAGCUGCCACACAUGUAUUUCAUCUCCAAGAAGAAAACUACCAACAUCAGAUUCACAUACACAAGUGUUAUCAACAAUCAUAAUAAAGUGCUUGUGCAGCAUAAUCCAUUUUCACCAAUAUUUAUUAUUUAUUUUAUUACACGGACGGCAUGGAGGUUUCCCCAGCUGCUGCAGUUAUCUGAGUCUGACGAUGAUGAGUCACGUCAAUGUGCGAAUGCACGCAGCAAAGCAAAACGCCUGAACUCAUUUAUCCGUUCAAUUGGCUGACAUGCUGACGUGAUCAGCAGAGAUAGUUAGCUCUGAUUGGUUCAAGUGUGGAUGUUUUCUGGAACAGCAAAAAAAAAAAAAAUGUUGAAUUGAUGCGACAAAAAAGGGCAAUGCAACAUAAAAUGGAUCAAAUCUUUAAGAGCAACGAAAGAGUUGAAGAGGCUUAUUUAUCAGAUUUAGUUUUAUUUGCUCUGAUGGGGAGGUUAAGAACAUCUAAGCUCUCAAUGUACACUUUGGACUUAUAUUUGUUCAUUUAUGUUAGGCUACUUAUUCAUUUCCUUAAGAUUU